AUGUCGACAGUGCCUGGCGAUCUGGGCUUCGGCAGAGCCCUUCGCCCCUUUCCUCCCGACCACGGUACAUCAGAACCAACGGCUGAUGAGGUUCAACCAAGCGCAGAAGUAUCGAUGGAGAAGCGUUAUUCCAUAGUGCAGAAUCUUGCACGCCAAUACACGCACGAUUCGACCGUCGGUUCAGACGAUCCUAAGGGCAAACCUAUCUUCGGGAGCGACGAUCCAAAUUCUCCUUUAAACCCAGUCAGCGAAAAUUUCAACGCACGUGCCUGGGCCACAAAUGUCGCCAGAGUGGCCCACGAGCGUGGCCAGAGUUUUCGUCGAGUUGGAAUUUGUUUUCAGAAUCUGAAUGUGUUCGGCUAUGGCACGCCAACGGACUUUCAAAAGGACGUGGGUAACAUUUGGCUGGCUCUGCCUGGCUUAAUUCGCCGCUUCUUCGACAAAAAGGCCGGCCAGACUCGGAUUGACAUUCUGCGCCAGUUUGAAGGGAUCAUACGGCCUGGGGAGACGUGUGUUGUCUUGGGUCCACCUGGUUCUGGUUGCUCAACAUUACUUAAGACGCUUGCAGGAGACACGAACGGCAUUUAUGUUAGUGAAGGUUCCUACUUCAACUAUCAAGGAAUGUCAGCAAAAGAGAUGCAUUCUUCACAUCGUGGCGAUGCCAUCUACACCGCCGAGGUCGAUGUCCAUUUCCCUCAUUUAACUGUGGGAGACACGCUAACUUUUGCUGCGCGUGCGAGCUGCCAGAAGGAGCUGCCACAAGGUAUCUCCCGCAAUGAAUAUUGUGACCAUCUUCGAGACGUCGUCAUGGCCAUGUACGGCAUUACUCACACCAUCCACACAAGAGUGGGAGAUGAAUUCACCAGAGGCGUAUCGGGAGGCGAACGAAAACGUGUUACAAUCGCAGAAGCAACUCUAACAGGGGCCCCAUUUCAGUGCUGGGACAACUCGACUCGUGGUCUGGACUCGGCCAAUGCGAUUGAGUUCUGCAAGACCCUCAGGCUUCAGUCUGAGUUAUUCGGUCAGACAUGCGCAGUUUCGAUGUACCAAGCUCCACAGAGUGCUUACGACCUGUUCGACAAAGUCCUGGUCAUCUACGAAGGUCGCCAGAUCUACUUCGGCCCUGCCCCCGAAGCAAAACAGUAUUUCAUCAAUCUAGGUUUCCAGUGUCCAGCACGUCAGACAACUCCCGACUUUUUGACAUCCAUGACUUUUCCCGCAGAGCGAAUUCCACGGGCUGGCUGUAAUCCGCCGCGAACUCCCGACGAAUUCGCAGCCGCAUGGAAGAACAGCCGUGCAUAUCAAGCCUUGCAGGUGGCAAUCGACGCAUACAAGACCGAGCACCCGAUUGAUGGUCCCGACGCCGAGACAUUUCGUCAAUUGAAGAAGUCGCAUCAGGCUAAAGGUCAACGCCUUAAGUCACCUUACACCCUGACAUAUCAUCAGCAGGUUCAGCUUUGCUUUUGGCGUGGAUGGAAAAGAUUCAUUGCCGAUCCUUGGGUGGCUGUUGGAAUGGGUGUCGGCAACACGCUGCUGGCUCUUAUCAUUUCGUCCUUGUUUUACAACCUGAAGCAGGACACCAAUUCCUUCUACGGACGUGCUGUUGUACUUUUCGUGGCCAUCCUGUUCAACGCAUUCGCUUCUAUACUCGAGGUCAUGACGUUGUAUGCACAAAGACCCAUUGUGGAAAAACAAACUCGCUACGCCUUCUACCAUCCAUCGGCUGAAUCGUACUCUUCCGUCCUGGUUGAUCUGCCUCUGAAGAUUGUCAACGCUGUUUCAUUCAACCUGGUGUUCUACUUCAUGACGAAUCUCAACCGGCAUCCUGGCAACUUCUUCUUCUACCUGUUCACCGUAUUCGUUAUCAUUAUGGCCAUGUCUGGUAUUUUCAGAUCUAUCGGCGCAUUGUCGCGGACUGAGCAGCAAGCCAUGGUUCCUGCUUCAACCCUCAUGCUUGCAUUGCUCAUCUUUACAGGAUUUGUUGUCCCUGUCGAUUACAUGCUGAGUUGGUGUCGAUGGAUCAGUUACGCCAAUCCUGUCGGAUAUGGCUAUGAGGCCCUUAUGGUCAAUGAGUUCCAUGGCCGCAAUUUUCCAUGUUCUGCCUAUAUCCCCGACUACGCAAACCCUGGCUCCAGUAACUUGGCGUGCGAUGCGGUCGGUGCCAUUCCCGGCCAGCUCUAUGUGAACGGCGAUGCUUAUAUUAAUUCGGCAUACAGCUACUACCAUAGUCAUAAGUGGCGCAAUGUUGGCAUCGUUAUCGCCAUGGCUGUUUUCAACCACCUUGUUUAUUUCAUCGCCAGCGAAUAUGUUACAGCAAAGAAGUCCAAGGGAGAAGUCCUUGUCUUCCGUCGAGGAUUUGUUCCGAAGUCUACCUCAAAGGGUGGUGACGACGUCGAAAAGUCACCCUCCAAUCCGGUCAUGGUCGCUGCAAAGUCAGCCGAGUCAUUGCCCAGUAACGAAGGUGUCAUCCAAGGAUCCACCAGCGUUUUUCAUUGGAGCAACGUAUGCUACGACAUUAAAAUCAAGGGCAAACCUCGGCGCAUUCUGGACAAUGUUGACGGCUGGGUCAGACCAGGGACGCUCACCGCUUUGAUGGGCGUCUCAGGAGCCGGCAAGACCACCCUUCUGGAUUGUUUGGCGGAUCGACGUACGGGUAUAGGUAUCGUCACUGGCGAGAUGCUGGUCGACGGCAAGAUACGCGAUGAGAGCUUUCAACGACAGACUGGGUAUGCUCAGCAGCAAGAUCUGCACCUGGAGACCAGUACAGUCAGAGAGGCUCUCAGCUUCUCAGCUCUUCUUCGUCAACCUUUUAGUGUCCCGAAAAAGGAAAAACUAGCCUAUGUGGAUGAAGUCAUCAAGUUGCUGGAAAUGCAAGAGUACGCCGAUGCCGUUGUAGGUGUGCCGGGCGAAGGCCUCAACGUGGAGCAACGCAAGCGUUUGACCAUCGGGGUCGAACUGGCCGCCAAACCGCCGCUCCUGCUCUUUGUUGACGAGCCCACCUCAGGACUUGACUCUCAAACCAGCUGGGCGGUCGUCGACUUGCUAGAGAAGCUGUCUAAAGCAGGUCAAUCGAUCCUCUGCACUAUUCACCAGCCGUCGGCGAUGCUGUUUCAACGUUUCGAACGCCUGCUCUUGCUUACUGAGGGAGGGAAGACGGUUUACUUUGGUGAAAUUGGACACAACUCGGAGACCCUAACAGACUACUUCGAACGCAAUGGAGCACCACCUUGUCCACCCGGUGCCAAUCCUGUUGAAUGGAUGCUCGAAGCCAUCGGCGCUGCUCCUGGCGGUUCAUCUAAAAUCGACUGGUUCCAGGUAUGGCGUUCCAGCCCCGAAUAUCAGCACGUUCAGGACGAACUAUCCAGGCUCCGGGCCCGUGUUAAAGAUCGACCAUCCACGGACGAAAAGAAUGAUCCAGCCUCAUACCGCGAAUUCGCUGCACCACUCUGGGAACAAUUCCUUAUCGUCACAGAACGCGCCUUCCAGCAAAUAUGGCGCACACCGUCUUACAUUUACUCCAAACUCGCACUCUGCAUUGGCAGCAGUUUGUUCAUUGGCCUGGUAUUUAUUGAUGCACCACUGACGAUUCAAGGUCUGCAGAAUCAGAUGUUUGCCGUCUUCGAACUCGCCAGCAUAUUCGGACAGUUGGUCAAUCAGCAAUUUCCACAAUUCCUAACUCAACGUGCAUUGUAUGAAGUGCGUGAACGCCCGGCGAAGACGUACUCCUGGAAAAUUUUCAUGCUGAGCCAGAUUCUAUCUGAGAUACCUUGGAAUACCCUCGCCUCGGUCUUCAUGUGGGCGUUGAUGUAUUACCCUGUCGGCUUCUACAAGAACGCUGACGCCGCCGAGCAAGGCACGGAACGAGGUGCAUUGAGUUGGCUUCUGCUCUGGCAAUUUCUCCUCUUCGCAUCAACCUUCGCGCACAUGUGUGUUUCCUGGGCCGACAGCGCAGACUCAGCCGGCAACACCGCAAACUUCCUCUUCGUGCUCAUUUUCUUCUUCUGCGGUGUCCUGGCCACACCGGCCGCGAUGCCUGGAUUCUGGGUCUUUCUGUACCGCGUCUCGCCACUGUCGUAUUGGGUCUCGGCUGUGCUGUCGACAGGCAUCGCGAAUGUCGAUGUCACCUGCGCAAACAAUGAAUAUACUAUCCUCAGUCCGCCUGAGGGACAGACUUGUGGCCAGUACAUGGACGACUAUAUCUCAAGAGUGGGUGGAUAUCUGCUCGACUCGGAUGCGAUGAGUCAUUGCCAAUACUGCAAGAUUAAGGACACAAAUGUCUUUCUCGCGGCCGUCAGCUCAGAGUAUGCAGACAGAUGGCGCAAUUUCGGGAUCCUGUGGGUAUACAUUGGAUUCAAUAUCGUGGCGUCAUUGGCGCUAUAUUGGCUGGUACGGAUGCCUAAGGGAAAGAGGAAGACGUGA